GGCAAAUGGUCUCAGUCAGUUCUUGGUGAACCGUUGUGCUGGUCGUGUCGUUUGUCGCUGCCGUUGUUUAAACGCUGCCAUUACUGCCAUUACAAAAACUUGUUCCGUGUGUGUGUAUAUUUUCUUGUUGUUGUUACUCUAACUGUUACUGUGUUUGUAGUACAGGUUUAGCCUUAGCCUCGACUUGAGGGUGUGCUACACAAAGUGUCAGUGUGUUUUAGUAAUUAUACAUACUAGUAUAAGUCUAGGCAACAACCUAGAAAAUAAAACAAACAAAAAAACAGAAAAAAAACAAGUGUGAAAAAUGCCAUCAGCGUUCCGCAGGUGCGCGCUGCAGGCCGCGUUGCUCGCCUGCCUAUGCGUGGCAAUGUUGCCGUUGCGCGCCAACGCCAGCAUCGUGGAAAAACUACGCGAUGAUCCCGAUCUGUCGCAGUUUUAUAGUUUACUAGAGCAAAAUAUCAUUGCGAAUUCCACUUUAACACUGCGACCAUGCACAGUGUUUGUGCCUACAAAUGCGGCAUUCCAGCGCCAUAAUGGAUCCAAACAUGUGCUCUAUCACAUAACAACGACACCAAUGACGAAGGACGAACUCAUAAAGGUUAUACCAUCGGAUAUGGGUGGCAAUCCAUCAUUGUAUAUAACGAAAAAUCGCAAUGGCGAUACAUAUGUGAAUAAUGCUAGAAUAAUACCAUCGCUAACGGUCGAAAUGACCAAUAGUCUGGGAAUGCGUCAGGUGAUGCAUAUAAUCGAUGAAGUCUUGGUGCCACUUACUGCUCUGCCCACUGCCAAAAUGGAGUACACCAAUUUGGAUGCGUAUCAAUUCAUGAAACAGGCCGACAUUUUAGAUAUCGGCGAUAAUCGUUUGAGAUCGUAUCGCUCGCAAGUGACUUUAAUGCGUAAGGAUAAUCUGUAUCAGGCGCCAGGUGGACACACAUUUUUAGUACCCGUCGAUGAAGGUUUCAAGCAAACCACACGCAGCAGCCUGGUGGACAACAAAGUCAUCGACGGACACGUCAUACCGAACAAUGUGAUUUUUACAGCCGCCGCACAAAUGGAGGUGCCACAAACCACAGCCGCAUUUGAGGACAAUCUCAAAGUAACCGUUAGUUUCUUCAAGCAAAAAGAUGGCAAAAUGUACGUCAAAUCGAACACUAUUAUUGGUGAUGCCAAACACCCCACCGGUGUUGUGUUGGCGGAAAUCGUCAAAGGCAACAUUCCCGUGCGAAAUGGUGUGGUGCAUCUGAUUCAUCGGCCGCUUAUGAUAAUCGACUCGACGGUGACGCAAUUUCUACAGGAUAAUGAAAAUGGUGCUCUUCGCAAAUUUUAUGACGUAAUUAUGGAUAACGGUGGCGAGGUGCUAACUGAUAUUAGCAACUUGGGCGAAAUUACAAUUUUGGCACCUAGCAAUGAUGCUUGGGAGGCCGAUAACGUGAAAAAUUUAAUAAGAAAUCGUGAGAAAUUGCGUGAAAUUCUGAAUAUGCACAUUAUCAAGGACAAACUGAAUGUGGAUCGCAUACGUCAGAAGAACAAGAAUAUUAUUGCUCAGGUGCCAACUGUCAACAAUCGUACAUUUUUGUAUUUCAAUGUCAAAGAAGAAAAUGGCGAAGAACUCAUAACCGUUGAGGGUGGUGGUGUUAAUGCAACUGUACUGCAAGCGGAUGUUGCACAAACUAACGGUUAUGUACACAUUAUUGACAAAGUUUUAGGCGUUCCAUAUACAACUGUACUUGAAAAACUCGAAACGGAUCCCAUGAUGAGCGACACCUUCAAAUUGGGUCAAUUCUCCGCAUUUAAUAAUCAACUGAAUAACACUCAACGUCGUUUCACAUACUUCGUGCCACGCGACAAGGCUUGGCAGAAGACCAAAUUGGACUAUCCUUCGACACAUAAGAAACUCUUCAUGGAAGAUUUCUCCUACCAUUCAAGAUCUAUAUUGGAACGUCACUUGGUGAUUGCCGACAACGUGUACACGAUGAAUGAUAUGGUAGCCAUGACAGCUGCAUCUGGCGAUUCCAUUUUGCUGCCUACCUACAGGGAUUCAUUGAAAGUUAAAGUUGAAGAGGAAGCUGGACAUCUUCACGAUGAAUAUGCUUCAAAUGAGUGGACUGGUUAUGUAAUCACUUGGAAUUUCAAGAAGAUCAACGUUUACCGACCGGAUGUUGAAUGCACCAACGGCAUAAUACAUGUCAUCGACUAUCCCAUGCUGGAGGAGCGGGAUGUCGUCGUCAACGGAGGUAGCUAUCCGUUAGGCACUAGCAUGUGCAUUCUCUUCUCAAAUAUCCUCAUGAUAGCAAUAGCGAAAUUUCUUUUCUUAAAUAAUUAAUUAUGUAUAAAAUUAACUUAACAACAACAACAAACAAACCAACAACAACAAAAAACCCAAACAAAAACUCAUUUAAAAUGAAACAAAAAAAUCAAAUCAAAAAUCACCGAAAUCGCAAACAAAAAAAUCGAAACCAAAACAUGCAACAAAAUGAACAUACAUACAUGAACACUCAUACAAUCAAAGUGCAUUGCCAGCAAAAAUAAUUUAGCAUCACAUAUGUACAUCCAAACACCAUAUUUGCCUGUCACAUUAUGUAUUAUAACAUAUAGAAUACAUGACUCACAAGCCAGCGCUGCAACGAAUCAGCAUGAUUUGAUUUAUGUAUUGGCAAAAAACAACAACAAAAAAUAUUUAAAAAUGAGAAAAAAAUUGCGGCUGUCGGCGUGUAAAAACAAAAAAAAAUCAUUUCAACUUUGAAUGCAGCCUAAUUUGUUGUAUAUUAAACGUCCGGCAACGCUAAAUCCUUUCAAAAAUAAAGUUGAAGUUUUCCGUUUUCUCAACACACACAACGAAACAAAAUUCCACAUGUAUGUAAAUAACUUGUGACCAAAGAAUUGCAUUAAUAGUUGUGUGGCAUGUCACCAGCGCAUCGUACAUACAUAUGUACAUACAUACAUUUAAGUACACAUUAAGUUUGCGCUUGAUAUGAAAUUACAAAAAAAUCAGUGCAUUCCGCUUUCCAGCUAAGAAAUUUUAUUUUAUUAAUUUUUAAUUUAUUUUUAAAAUUCGUAUUUUCACUUUUUCGCCUAGUUAUUAAACGCUCUUACUUAUUCCACACACACACACACAGAACGCCUAUAAAUAUGCAACGCCUUCUGUGUGUCGUGGCGAAAUCAUUGUAAAUUAGCAUUGAAUGAAACUGUCUCGUACAUACUAUUCGCUAGCUAAAGUUUAAAUAUUUGUAAUUAUGUAUAUUUAACUAAAUAUGUAAUACAUACAGAGCAUACAGUUGUUUUUUUAUUAAAAAAAAAAUAAUAAUAUAUUUUUUAUUACUUUUUAUUUAAUUUAUUUUUUUAUUAAUUUUAAUUUUAUAAUUUAAUUUUUUAUUUAUUAUUUUAUGGUACUUUUUAGUCACUUGCGCGCAUAUAUAAGCAUGUGCGCAUAAUUAAAUUGUAAAAAAGUUGCCUUUAGCUUCAAUUGGUUGCUUUAAAAUUAAAAAAAAAAGAAAAAUUAAAUAUAAAAUAAAAAAAUUUACAAAAUAAUUUAAAAAGCUGUAGUUUUGCUACUUGAAUUUAUGUAGCUUUUAAGUUAUUUUAAUUUGUAUAUGCAAAAAACAGCGAAUAUUUUAUUAUAUUAUAGUUUCUUAUUAAACAAGUUAAAAAAGGUUAACAAUAAUUAUUUUAUAAUAAUUAAAAAUAACUAAAAUCAUUCAGAAAAUAAUAUUUUAAUAUAAGAUAAUUCCAAAACACAUUUAUCAAUUGCAUCUGAAAGUGAGUAAAAAGCAAUAUUUUUUUGAAAAUAAUUAUUAAACAUACUAUAUUUUAAGCAAUUUCACAAUAAAAAAAUAGUAUGCUUCGUUGUGUCACUUUUCACACGCAUCAGAAAUUUCGUCCAUUAAAUAUUAUUAUAGAUGUUAUUGAGGUUAGACGGAAACCUUUUUUAUUUAUUUUUCUCAAUUUUAUGUAUUGUAUAUUGAUACAUUUUCAUUCGGAUUUGCAUGAAAUAGUAUUAUAUUUAAAAUAUUUUUUCUAAAUAACACUUUGUUCAUGCCUCAUAAGCGUAAGUAAUCACAUGCAUUACUGUCUAAACAGGUUCAAUCAAAACACGAAAACGAAUAUUUAAAUAAACUCAUUAAAUAUAUACAUACAUAUAUAACCAAACUGCCGUAAUCCAUUGAAAUUUGAAAGAUAGAAAUUGUAGAAACUUGAAAAUGAAGGCUACACUUUAUUAGCUUCUAGAAAUGGUCACACGAUUUUUUAGGUUAACACCAGAGCCAAAGUAAUGCAUAUUUCUCAAUAUUGCACACUUAAGUAACGACUCAUGUCAUUGCCAUUUACAUGAAAUUAAAAACGAAAAAUUAAAAGUAAAAUAAAAGUAGUCAGCUUAAAAUUACAUUAGUUCAAACCGGUAAUUUCAAUAAAUAUUUUUAAUACCUAAAAUAGUUGCUCCAAAGAUUAAAAUAUAGCAAGAUUUAUAAGCUGUUUUCUGAUUCUAUAAUUAUUAAAAAGUCGAUUGCUUGUUUGAAACGUACUUGAUUACAUUCCAAGAUUACAAGUAAUUUUGAAAAAUUAAUGUUUACUUUUAGUUGUGUUAACAUAUUUGAUAGCAUAAUGACGAAUUUAUAUCAAUAAUCGAAUUCAUAAUUUAUUCUUUUAGUAAUGAUUACUUGAUUACAUGCUAAGAUUCCAAGUAAUGUUGUAAAAUGAAAAUUAACAUCAAGUUGGAUUAUCAUUUUUGAUAUCAAUGCUUCAAUAAUGGAAUUCAUAACUUUUUCAUUUAGUAAUGAUUACUUGAUUACAUGCUAAGUUUACGAUUAAUGUUGUAAAAUUAAAAUUAAAAUAAAUUUGGAUUAACGGUUUGGGAUAGCAUAAUGACUCAUUUAGCAAUGAUUACUCAAUUACAAGUAAAGAAUUACAAUUACUUGAUUACAAGUAAUGAGAAAAUAAAAACUGAGCGCAAGCAACAGUCAUUAAAAUUAAAUCAAGAGUAUGAUGACUUCGUUAAAUAGUUCUUACUGUGAGUAAACGGUUUUGGUGAUUUAAAAAUUUUUGAAAAAAAAAUAUUUAGUUUGAAUUCUCAGGAUCACUCUAGAACACAGAUUUUCUUAAAAUGUUGACUGAAUUUGUUCCUUCUGCCAUUUUUUAUAUUCUUUAUCGCAGUCCAACGGUAUUUCAUAUAAAAUAUAACAAUUUUAAAUUUCAUAAAAAAAUGCAUACAUAUGUACAUUCCUUCAUACAUGCAUACUGUAAUCUUCAUUGUAAAAACUCGCCUUGUCUGUAUAUUUGUUGGGUGAAACAGUAAUCACAACAACAACAAAUCAUAUGCAAGUAUAUAAAAUGCAAUAUGGUAGUUAUUAGCAAACUAUUUAAAGAAAUAUUAUAGUACUAGUAGCGUCAGAGCAGCAGCAACAUUUGUAUGUAUGUAGUUAAAACCAACAACAUCAAACAGCAUACAUUACAACAACUACUUCACUUGCAACCACAUCUUGUAAUGAAAAGUCAAAUAAAAAAUAAUAAUUAUUCUUAUAAUUUCAAAUAGCAAAUCUAAUACUAAUAGUUAACCAAAAACAAAAACCGAAAACAAAAAAAAAAUCAACAACAACAACAAAGACUUUCUAUAUAAAUAUAUGCUAUAAACCUUAUAUAUUUAUAGGUUAGGCAUUAACCUAGCAACCUCUCAACUACUACACUACAUACUCACAUUAUGUAGGUAAAUGCGCAGAACUAUCUGCUUUGAUGUGUGUGUACCAUAAUCAGUUUAACUCAGAUCAUAUUCCGAAACUGUUCAACAUUCUUAUUAUUGAUUACGUUACGUUACGUUAGUGUUUACGAAUUUUUCAAUUACUACUAAUUCUACGACAAUUACAUAUGUAUGUAUGUAUAGUAAUGAUAUUUAAAUAUUUAAUUACAGUUUAAAUUACAGAGUUGUUCAAAUUCAAAAAUGAAAUAAAAAUAUAAAUAAUGAUGCAUAUAAUUAAAUUUAAUAAAAAUUAUUAAGUAAUUAGUUAAGCAAAAAAUUCAAUGAAGGUAAAAAAUAAAUUUAAAAAAAUAAUGCAAUGAAGUUGAAAAUGUCGAAAUUAAUUAUGUAAUUAAAAUACAUAAAUGCAAUAACAACAAAUUAACAAUUUCAUCAAUUUUAGUAGUCAACACGAGUAAGGAACAUUUAGUAUUUGGUAAAUUUCGCAGUAGACGCAAAGCAUUGUAAGCUAAAGUAACUGUAUUUUUGUGGUGUAUGGUGUAUUUGCUAAUGAAUCAUGGUGAAAUACAUAAUUCUAAAGCUAGAAAGGUAUAAAGAAAUUUUUAAAAGCUCACAAUUCUUUAGAAACUAAAACUGAGAGAUAAAAUUACAAAGUUAGGAGACAAAGAAAAAAGCUUCAGAUAUCUGAGCACAACCGAAUUUUAUUGAAUACACACUUUCUCGGGACGGUUUGUGUGUCUUUAAGAUGGAGUGAGUGAGCGUUUUCUGUCAAAAUAUACAUUAAGGUUAUAGAAUAAAAGAAAAAAUAUAGGUUUUUAAAAGCUUUAAAAGCUCAUGCAUCGGAGCUUGCGAAUCUCUGCAGAGCGUCAUAUAUAAUAAGGUUUUAAAUGUGGCAUAAAAAAGUUAUUCGUUUUUCAAAAGCUAAAAAAGCUCAUGUUUAGGACCUUACGAGUCUCUUCAGUGUUUUCUGUCAGAAUAUACUUUAUGGUUAGGGAUUACGUUCCAAAUCUAAGCAAAGAAAAAAAUAUAUUCAGUUCUUACAAAACUUCAAAAGCUCAUGCUAAUGAGCUUACGAAUAUCACUCGACUUUAAAAAGCUUGAAAAGCUCAUGCUUAGGAGCUUACGAGUCUCAUGAACAAUGAUAUAUGACCUGUAGAUAGCGUAAAUUGGCGAAACAUAUAGGAAACGUAUGUAGCUUAAAUACACCUACUGACGGCUGUAUUCAAAGUUGCAUUUAAAUUUAUAAUUCGUCUAACUGUUAAACAUUUUAAAAUUCAAGUAAAUUGUUAGUUAAAUUUGUGUGAAUUAAACUCGUUUGCCUUUUCACUUAAGCCUUAAGUCUCGCAAAGUAACACUUUAAAGAGUAAAAAAUUUAAUUUUACAAAAAAAAAACAAUUAUUUAACUUUUUAUUAAAAAAAAUAUUAUUUUAUUUGAAAGUUUAAAAAAAUAUAUAUUUAAUUAAAAAAUAACGGUAACUAAUGUUAAGAAAACGAGAAUUGCGUUAGGAUUGCAAGCAGAAUACAACACUGACGCUUAUAAAAGCUUUUGUGACCUUCAAGCAUACACACUUCUAACGGUGCAAAUAUAUUAUAAAAACAACAAAAAUUUAAUUACAAUAACUAAAUAUGUAUUUAUUUAAAACAGUAGAUAAAUGUAUAAAUAAAAAAAUGAUAUUAACAACAACAACAAAUAUAUAUUAUAAAUAUAUAUACAAGUAUUUCAUAUAAAUAUGUAUGCAAAGUUAUUGCUGUAGUCAGUAGUUACACGUUAAGACCAUUAAAAAUUCCUCCCAAAAAAAUGUUAAACAAACAAAACGUCCCGCCUCUCUUUACACAAACACAAUCAUGACACGUAUACAAAAACAACAACAAAGCUACAUAAUUUUAUAAAAAUUUCAUUUGAGCGAAAUUAGAAAAUCUAAAACACCGUUAUUUCAAGUAAAUAUGUAUAAUUUUCGACACAAAAUUACCAAAACACAUAUGAGACUCCCAGGACCCAGUGGAGCGUAGAAUGUACCAGUAGUUGUGUAGCAAGUGUGUGUGUGUGGCAUUGAUGGGCGUGCCCGCCACUACACGAUUAGCGUUUGAUCGGUUCAUUAUUAACUAUUAUCUAACAACAACAAAAUUAACGUGUAACUAGUGCCUUACUAAAGUUUAACUAAUUACCUAAAACCCAUAACCUUAAAUUGAGAUGUAAACAUAACUUUAAUUUAAUGCAUAAACAAAUAUAUAUUUUAUUAAAAAACAAAAUAAUAAUACAUAAAAAACAAUAAUAUUAUGCCUAACACUUUGUAGUAUUGCCAGCUUACAGAAAUAUGUUAAAUUAAAUUUAUAAAAAAGAAAAUACAAAAUUAAAAGUAAAAAAUGUCUUGGGCAUGUCAAGUGCUAUUUCAUACAAAAACAACACAUAAUGUAUAAAUGUAUAGAAAAUAUAUAUAUACAUACAUAAUUACAUAAUAAAAGCGUAUACAUUAAGAGAGAACAUAUUUAAAACAAAAAAAAAUAUUAAAUUAAUUAUAUUUUAGUAGUCAACUUAGAUAAGCAAUAAAAGCUUGCGUAUAAUGAAUAAAAAUCAAGUACCAACCAAAAAUGUAUGUAUGUUAUUCACAGCGAUCAGCAAAGGUGGUUAAUGUUAAAUGAGCAGUGAAAGUUAAAUAGAGCAUUAGCUAAAUAAAAUGCAGAAAACCUGUUAGUUUAACAGCGUAACAACAGUGAAUAUAAAGCUUAACAAAACUAAUUAAAUGAAAUGCGAAAAAAAUGUUAGUUCAACAAAGCAAAAGCAGCGAGCGUUAGACUUAACAGCGUGUCAAUAUAAUGCAGGAAAAAUGUUAGUUUAACAUAGGACAACGGCGAGCGUUAAGCUUAACAGAGCAUAUGCUAAAAAAAAUACAGAAAAACUGUUAAUUUAACAGAGCAACAGCAGUAAAUAAAAAAAUGUUAGUUUAACA